AUGCCUCCCGAGGUACCUCCUCGCAGGACGAGUACAUUCACCUAUCCACCCAACUACUCUUUCCCCCACCACCGCCUUCAAACAGUCCUCCGUGACUCCACCAAACAACCUAUCGUUCUCGUAGCAUGUGGAUCCUUUAGCCCAGUCACCUAUCUCCAUCUCCGGAUGUUCGAAAUGGCCAAAGACUAUGUUCGACAGCACACUGACUUCGAGAUUGUCGGAGCAUAUCUCAGUCCUGUCAGUGAUCAGUACAAGAAACCCGGUCUACUCAAUGCCCAUCACAGGGUUAACAUGUGCACCGUCGCCGCCGAGGAAACGUCUUCAUGGCUCAUGGUUGACGCAUGGGAAGCUUUCCAGAAUUAUCAACGCACGGCUGUAGUGCUCGACCAUUUCGAUUACGAAAUAAACGAAGUGCAAGGCGGUGUCCACACGCAGGACGGGGAACAUCGUGAUGUCCGGGUUAUGCUCUUGGCCGGGUCAGACCUUAUAUGCACAAUGUCCGAACCUGGUGUUUGGUCCCACACGGAUCUCGAACACAUCCUUGGACGAUAUGGCACGUUUAUCAUUGAACGUGCAGGUUCAACAAUGGAUCAAGCUGUAGAUAGCUUGGCUCGCUGGCGUCAUAACAUCUAUCUAGUACCUCAGCUCAUCCAGAAUGAUGUCUCUUCAACAAAGGUCCGGCUGUUCCUCCGCCGGGGCCUUUCCGUGCGGUACCUACUCCCCUCAGCUGUCGUGGACUACAUUGAAGAGAACCGCCUGUAUCUAGAGGAUGGGUCGGGAUCUGAGAAGGGGAAAGAAAAGGAAAUUGGGACGGGGGGAUGA